AUGGUUUCUCAUUGUUAUUCCAUUACUUCUACCCCGCAUCUCAACAGCUGGUAUUCAUAUGGCUCUACUCUUCCUGUCACCGCCGUUUUUUAUAUUGCUUCCCCUCGUACUGAAGUCAAUUACUGCGCCUCCUCUACGGUUCAAGACACUUGGUAUGUAUUGCUCAAGGUUAAAAUCAACAACACAUGGGUCUCAUCCAGUUCCAUGUCCUCCAUAGAAAGUACUCCUUUUUUGUCUAAAAUCUCGAGAUCUAAGCUAAACUGUACUAUUACCAGCGCUGGUGCUACUUGUUCAACUGCCACAGAUACGAAUCUUUUGGCCACUCGUACUGAUUUAGUCAAUACACUAGAUCCUAAGACUGAUUACAUCCCCAAUAUCGUGUGCUCUACUGCUACUGCUACUGAUACUAAUACUGAUACAUCAGUUUCGACUCGAGGCUCUACCAUAGUUACUAUUUGCUUUGUCAUAGCCAUUGCUAUGCCGAAGAUUUCUGGACCUGAUAAUCCAAUUGGUGUGGUUUCUACUCCCUAUAACUUGGUCGCUGAAAAGUUUGACUUUGUUACUGCUUGCGUGGUUUGCUUGAGCGAAUCUGGUUUGAUUUGA